AUGUCAACAGUGGCCGCCCGUAUUGAAAGAGAUAUCAAGGUCCUUGCACGGGCAUGGGGUCCGCACGGGAGAUUAUCAGGGCACUUGAGAGAGACAGGGAUCGGAGAAGCGGGCGCUAUUCAAAAGGCAAUAUACCGAGCAGCUACUUCAAAUAGCAUUUCGAUGGACCACCAAGGCCUUACGGAGGGCGAUGCUGGCCAUCGUUUGCGCAGUAGCUACGGGCUGGACGGGCUCGCACAGCGACUCGAAGGGGAAGCCAUCGAAACCCCCAUGUUCGAAGAGAGUCUGGCCGCGAUGACAUCUCUGAACCCGGCACUCGGCAUCGGCAAGAUCAGAGGCCCAAGCAGAUAUUAA